CCACCACCCUUUCUCUUCUUUUUUCUCAAUCAUUUCUGUAACCUUUCGGUAGCUAUUCACCGCACCCUCUAACUAGCCACCCAUCCUACAAAAUGUCCAUUCAAAUGACUUUGGUGUUCGCCACCUUGUGCGGCGAAAUGAUCGUCCUCUUUGGCUUAGUGUUGCCACUUCCUCACAUCUUCAGAACAAAGAUCCUUCAACUAGAAACUCUCUUGAGGUCGCUGAAGAACGUCCAGAUCGGGACCAUCUUUGCCACGUUGCUCCUUGUCAUGCAAUUCGUUGACUGUUUGCAACGCUUGAAGAAAUUGGACUAUGUUUCCAACCCUUACUACGUCUCCCAGAACGCCGCCGGGGCUCCUCCAGUGUUCCGUGGCCAGCUCUCCAACGAACAAUUGGCCUCCAAGUUCUACUCCCAGAGAAACUUGUACAUCACCGGUGCCGUGUUGUACUUGGAAUUGGCCAUUGCCACCGUCAUGCCUAUUUUAAGGAAAUUGGUUGCCAAGGAGGAGGAGUACAGAAAGUUGACUACCGUCUCCACCACCAGCACCAACACCAGCACCACCACUGCCACUGCCACCGACACCGAUGUGGCGGCUCUCAAGGAGCAGAUUGCCCAGAAGGACACCGACAUCUCCACGUUCAAGAAACAAGUGGUUGGCUUACAAAAGGCGUACGAUCUGUUGACCGAGCCUACCAUCACCCAGAAGUCCGAUUAAAUAGAGUAGAUAGCAGGUAGUUAAUGUAAUCACACGUGUCACCC